ACACGAAACUUUUUGCAUGAGGCAUCCGUAUGCCGUCGGUGAGCUGAGAGCGUGCUUGAUCGGAUCUUCAGAUUGGCUGGAUGGCUUCCAGAAUACCGAAACCAGAACCGGGUCAAAAGGCUACAAAUGUAACCUAUCAGCAGAAUAAGAUCAGUCGCGACAGUCGUGCUAAGAUCCUCGGGCAAAGGGGAGGCUUCCGAGGAUGCACGAUAUGGUUCACGGGUCUAUCUGGGGCUGGCAAGACGACGCUAAGCUUCGGUCUCGAGGAAUUCCUGAACCAGCAGGGCAUCCCGAGUUAUACACUAGACGGAGAUAACAUACGUCACGGAUUGAACAAAAACCUCGGCUUCAGUGAAGAAGACCGUCAAGAGAACAUCAGACGUGUUGCCGAAGUUGCCAAACUCUUCGCGGACAGCGGCGUCGUGUGUAUCACGAGCUUCAUUUCGCCAUUCGCAAAGGACCGGCAACUGGCACGAGAAAUUCACGAGCGAGACGGCUUGAAGUUCUUUGAAGUCUUCGUCAACACGCCUCUGGACGUCUGCGAAGGUCGAGAUGUAAAAGGUCUCUAUAAAAAGGCUCGCGCUGGCCAGAUCAAAGGUUUCACCGGUAUUGAUCAGCCCUAUGAGUCGCCUCUGAAUCCAGAGCUCGAGGUCAGGACCGAUCUAGAAACCGAGAGAGAAAGUGUCCACCGAGUCGUCACCUUGCUCCGAGAAAGGAAAAUCCUUCCCGAGACCGUGGGCGAUGCUGUGGAUGAGCUCUUCGUCGCUCCUGAGAAGUUGGAAGCCGCCAAGAAUGAAGCUGAAUCCCUGCCCGCUGUGGAAAUCACCAAGCUCGAUACCCAGUGGCUACAGGUGCUAAGCGAAGGAUGGGCCACACCUCUCAAGGGUUUCAUGCGGGAGAGUGAAUAUCUCCAAUGUCUCCAAUUCAACGUGUUAUUCAAAGAGGGUUUCACGAAUCAAUCACUGCCAAUUGUGUUGCCCCUCGCUACAGAAGACAAGGAACGACUCGUGGACCAGAAGGCAUUCACGCUCAGAUACAAGGGGAAAGCGCUGGCUAUCGCGAGAAAUCCCGAGUUCUACGAACACAGAAAAGAGAACAGAUGCGGCGCUACUUUCGAAAUCACUCACCCUGGUCAUCCGUACAUAAAGAUGAUUAUGGAGAGCGGCGAUUGGCUCUGUGGAUGUGAUCUCGAGGUUCUCGAAAGGAUACGCUGGCACGACGGCCUUGAUGAAUACAGAAAAACUCCCAAGGAAUUGAAGGCCCAGUUCUCGAAAAUGGGCAGUGAUGCGGUCUUCGCGUUCCAAUUGAGGAACCCAGUGCACAACGGACACGCUCUGCUCAUGCAGGAUACCCGGAAGAAACUACAAGAACGCGGCUAUAAGCGUCCGGUGCUCCUGCUGCACCCGCUUGGUGGUUGGACCAAAGACGAUGAUGUCCCUCUGGCUGUUCGAAUCCAACAACACAAAUGCGUUCUCCAAGAAGGGGUUCUUGACCCAGAGCUGACAGUUCUAGCGAUUUUCCCGUCGCCAAUGCACUACGCCGGACCGCGAGAAGUCCAAUGGCACGCAAAAGCUCGCAUGGUCUGCGGAGCGAAUUUCUACAUUGUUGGUCGAGAUCCAGCAGGAAUGCCCCACCCUGAAACGAAGAAGGAUUUGUAUGAACCGACUCACGGUAGCAAAGUCCUCACGAUGGCACCCGGGCUCCGUGGUUUAGAAAUUAUCCCGUUCAAGGUGGCCGCUUAUGACAAGAAAGAGAAGAAAAUGAGUCUUUUCGACCCUGCCCGGAAGGAAGAUUUCGAAUUCAUCUCGGGGACCAAGAUGCGUAGUCUGGCGAGAUCAAAUCAGGAACCGCCCCAGGGCUUCAUGGCUCCGAGCGCGUGGAAAGUUCUGUCGACGUACUACCAGAAUCUGGUGAACAGCUCCAACUGAGCGAUGUUGCAUUCCGAUUCUUUAUUUUUUAUAUAUAAGCUCAUUUGGAACCCGGUAGUGCGACGCUCGCGGGCGUUAAUCCCGCGCGGCGAUACGGUGCUUUUCAACGUGCUCAGGUCGAGUCGCUUCCGAGAGAAAAAACGAGUCCUUACCGUCGCUUCCGACUCCGCGAGAUAUUUUGCUGCAAAAGUGAGGACCUUACCCGCGAUCGACCUCCGCGUCUGAGGAAUCGCCUCCUAGACUUCUUUCACCUGUCGAGGAUAUACAGAGACAUUCGUGAUUCGCAAUAUAGGUACAAGGGAGAGUCUUAUCAAUCCGUGGGUGUCUCCGUCGCCAACCCGGAAGUCCGGUGAUGAGUUCAUUGUUGCGCUCGCUGAGCGGUCUCCGCGGCGGAUUUGGUUCACGGGAGGCAACGGAAACGCUCUUGACCACUUUCGAAUUUGUUCCCUCUUCUUAAUAAACACGAGACAAUCGUU